CCGCGACAUUCUGUCCGCGAUACGAUUCGGCGUGAACGCGUCGUGUCCUCCUCCGGGCCCCACCGAAUCGCCCGUGCCCGGCUUAGGCAAACCACCCCCCUCGAAGGAACCCGGUGACACUGCACUCCGAGGUCGUCGGAAAUCGUCGGAUGGCACGGACGUAGGCUAUCGUUUAGGGGAUGUUUUCUUGCAAAAAAUAUUCCGAGAUAAUAAAUUGGUGAAUUAAAAAAAAAAUCGCGGAGACAGUUGAAUAAACUGGGACAUAGUGAACGUAGCUGGUGUGAGUCGCGGACUCUCGGCUCAAGCACAGACGAUUGAUAACUUCGAAAAGAUCAAGAGGGUAGAUUCUUACUUAAAAUCACCGGCAACUUGUGAAACGCGGAGCGGCAGGGCGCGAGAUAACGUUGCCACGAAUUGUCCUCGCGAACGAAUCCCGAUAUUUUUUGUGACAUUCAGGUGAUAGAAUGUAAUUAGUGACGGGCAAGGGUUUCACAGUGGUCGCCGAUUGCACUCGAGCCGCGCCAAGAGGAGUCGCGCUCGCGAUCGCCCCGCCGUUUCAAGUUCCGCGGUCACCACGUGGUCACUGCAACCUGGCCGCGACGUCGCCGCGACGUGCGGUCAAAUUUAGAGAGAAACGAGAAGCAGAAACGCGUCUGUGAUCAGGGAAGAUCGACGGUUCCCGGGUAGAAUUAUCGACCGGUCAGCAGGAACCGUCGAAUUCGAAUAGGUGCGGCGCCGCGGCGUGCCGCUUCAGUUCGAUCGAUGGAAUGAUCGACGCAACAUCGAUCAUCACGAGUGCUGUUGCUGCUGCUCGACAAUCGAGCCGGCUCGAUGCGUCGCUGAGGGACACGCGACCGGCGAGGUAUCGAGAGGUGAUCGACAGGUGCGAGCGCGCGAAAGCCGCACGUGUCACGUGGCCCGUGAUGAUGUAAGGUGACUUGAGAGGAACGGUGCUGCGCAGACGAAAUGACGCGCGACAGGAGGCUGCUACUGUUGCUGGGCCUGCUGAUAGCCUACGGCCUCUUCGUGGUCGAGUGCCGGUACCAUCAGCGCGAGGACGCGACGACAACGGAGGCGAAACACCGACACAGGCACAGGCACGAAUCCUCGAAUCGAAGAGGUCAUCACGAGCUCGACAGGAAAUCCUGGCAGGAGGUGGACUACGAGUACGACGGGGACUCCGAGGAUCCGAUCGACGAGGACGACUACGAGGCGCGAUCGUAUUACGAUUAUCCCAGGUCGCCGCAUCAUCGAUCCGCGCAAAAGAGUUAUCACAGUCGGAUGUUUGAGCCGCGCUAUCCGUCGAGAUAUCAUAACGGCGGGUAUGGAAGCGGCUGGUACGACGAGGACAACGACAGGCGUAGGAUCUCACCGCGGUAUAAUACGAGAAAUCACCGGUACAGACCCGGCAGGACCUACUACAGGCCCGCAUAUUCGCGCAACCGCGACGUGUCGGACUACGAUGACGACACGGAGGAGAAUUACGAUUAUGAGUGGCCGCAAAGAUACGGAAACGGCGAGACGGAUAAGCACCACGAACGGUGGAGGGAUUCCAGGCGACACACGCCGCCCUCCAGGAGAGAUUGGAGGAGCAAGAUGAACAGUUAUUACGGUGCGAGAAGACAUCGCUUGGAGGAUCGCGAGGGUGUCGAUCGUGUCGACGUGACGAAACGAACGGACGACUGGAGAAGAAGGUCCAAUUCCUCGGACGCGAAAUACCAUUUCGCGAAGGACGACCGUAAAACGGAGGAGGACGAGGAUUACGAGGAUCACGGCGGACUCGAGGAGGACGAUAAGGACGAGGACGAGGACGAUAUCUGGAAGGAUAUCGCCGACGACAGGAACGAAGACAACGGGAAGGAUGAGCUCGAUAACGAUUUCUACAAGAGCGAGACGAAGCCACCCUUGAAAACCUACGAUGAAAUCAUCCGCAGGCUCACGUCCGACGAUCCGACCACUCCGAAGACCACUGUCAAGAGAGAUUACAGGAACACCGAGACGAAUAAGCACGUCAAGCGCGACGGCUACAAAAAUUUCAAGUACGAACCAAGAAACGUCUCUAGGCCGCUGGAUCUCCUGAACGCACCGCAUGCCGCUAGUACCACGUCCAAUUAUUCCGUAAAUAAACGAACCGCAGAGAACUCGACCGUCAAAUCCACCGGACACAAGCCCUCGAGGAACACGGUCGGCGAAGCGGUCAAGGGCCACGAUCGGCAGGAGGGAAAGAUCGCCGAUACCCAGACUAAGACCAAGAGCCUCGAACAGGAUUACGACGAGUACCUGAACAGCCCGGAUAACGAAAAGGAAGACGAUCUCGUCAAAGCUGGUAUCGAGGACGACUCGACCAUGCAGGCGGAUGUCAACAAUACGGAUUACAGCGAUGACGAUAACGGCGACGAGGACGAGGGCGAUACCUUCACCACGUCGUCGACUACCACCACAACGACGACGACGACGACGAUGAGGCCGAAGCCGUCGCAAAGCCAGCUCGAUUACAAGGACCCGAGGGCGUACGACAGCAGUACCGGGGCUCAGUAUAACGGAUACCAAGCGAAAAACGAUUACCCGCCGAUGUCUGCUCACAGCAUUCACAAGUGGCAGUCUCUCGGCACUCGCGAGGGCGUCAAAGAGACCAGGAGCAACAUGCAGCAGUACAACAAAAACGGAAAGAGUGAUGAAAGGAUCCGAGAGGCCCUUCAGCACGCACUUAAAGUCAACAAGGAGGGCAGCUGCCGGUGGCCACGCGCGAGGGUCAUUUCGGUUCGUGACGUUUAUCCGAGCCCGUCGACCACCUACAUUCCACACUGCGCCAUAUUGCACAGGUGCUCGGACGACACCGGAUGCUGCAAAUCGGAAGCGUUCACUUGUGUGCCCAAGCACCCACUUGGGUCCCACCGCGUCGAGCUUUCCUUCUACACCACGAGCGUGGAUGGUGCCAGCGUAGUGGAGAAGCUAUCGUUCUACAAUCACACGGAAUGCGAAUGCAGGAUGAGGACCGAGUUCGACACGGUGAACGACAGGCCCUCGGACCAGAGAGUCUCUCGGCACCACCAGUCCUCGUUGCCCCCCCAAAACAUGAAAAAACCGCCGUCGAGAAAACCAUGCCGUUGCCCGUCGGAAUUCAUGCCGAGGGUCAUCCUGGACGGAAUUUGUCAGUGCAACUGCAACGAGAACAACGAAAAUUGCAUAAAGACCAGACGUGGCAAGGGAUACUUUUCCCUCGCGGACAGAAUAUGCAUUCAGAACAACGCGUGCGCGAUGCCCACCUGCGAGUUCGGCGAGUACAUCAAGGCGCAAGGCAAGUGUCCGCGGAAGCGGGACACCUUCGACGCGAUGACGAACCACCGCACGAAUCCGAGUCACCACCGAGUCAGAAGCUAGACGGCGACGGGGCGGCGAGGAGGAUCGAGGAUCAGCGUGAAACGCGAUCUUAGUGCCAAUGAAGACGGAGCUAGCACGCGACGAAGCGCACGAGAGAUCGACGGUGCCAUUUUCUUUCAUUUUCCCUUAAACGCUUUCGUCGGAGAGACUCGCUACAUACACAUGUACGCGUAUAUGUUAUGUAUAAAACAAAAUAUAUAUGUACGUCAUUAUCUAAGCACGUAUAUACAUAUACCGUCGUCGCUUCUUUCUUUCUUUCUCGCCGCGAUCGGCGAGGAUACGAAGUGAUAAUGGUCGUCCACUUUCAGUACCGAUGAUCGUCUCGCGGAGGGGGGGGGGGCAGUAAUAUAGUAUUUCGAUGUUUAACUGAUGAGGCAAUAAUUUUAUUAGCGCUCGACGUUCACGGCGGUUCUCCACCGCGGGAGAGAAGAUAAGUAACUUGAUAUUUCAAUUGUAAGAUUUCGAGUUGUUAAGGGGAUCCUGGACUGGCGGCUGAACUUUGAAAUCCUCGAUAAUCUAAUGUCCUAUAUUGUCGUUUAGCCCAAGACGUGAAGAUGUGUUGGGAACAUACGUAUAUAUAGACAACAUGAAAGAGACGAGAGCAGAGUUCAUGAGAUAUCUAUUCUUGUCUAACACGUUGCAACGCUGUCUGCUGCAAAAUCUCGCACCUAUAGUUUAUCAUUCCAUAGCUACACUUCGCGUGUAAAAAUAUGAGUUUUUACUUAAAAUACAGUUCUUCAGUUAUCUUUUUUAUUGAACUUUUAAUCUUAGUUUUACUUAUUCUCCAAUCUAAUCCGAAUUGCAGACUGCUUUCGAUUUGUGCAAAUAGGUUAUAUAAUUUACGUGCAACAGCAAGAAAUAUUUUAUAAUAUUUGUUCGUUUCUUAUCUUAAACUGACCAGUCUGCAAUGUAUUUUUGUGCGCACUCUAACUGUACGGAAAGAUUUUUAAAUCUGUAAAGCCAAUUCAAAGAUAGCUGUGUCACGCUAUAUAGUCGGCAUUCGCCGUCACUCCAGGCAUCCUCUAAAGAUAGCGAGGUAACAUUUUAUGUAACUGAAGACGAUUUCUCUAGAAUAGGACAAUAUACGUAUACAAAAAUUAACGAUUGCACUGUAAAAUUACCAGGCGAGAUGAAGUGCUUCUAGUAAUAAUUUUCGAGAAGGAAAGUGACUGCCUUUCGAGCAAGAAUCUCGUCGGCGAGGGGGGCUCGCCGAGGGAAAUCGCGCAGCGAGCCACCGAGAUUACGCACGUAGAUCCGACGGGGUGCGACGUCUCCUAGGUUAAUGAUAAUUUUAUACGAUAAGCGACACCACGGAUAUCAUAGUUCACGCUGAGAAGAAGACCUCGGGCGUGAGCCUAGUCUGAGAUCCUGUUUCCGUUCUGCGCGAGAGAACUCUCGACUCGUUGGGUCGCGCGUGAACGGCCGAAUUCGGCGAGCUAAAUUCCUCUUCCUCCCCCGCCCCACCCCUCCCGCGACUCCCGCUUCUUCAAUUGGCCUACGCGAGACAUAAUUAUAUGUGUUUAUUGCGGCAGCUUCGCCCCGGGCGGCACGCGACGAGUAGGAAAUACCAAAGCACGCGAAACACGGACGCGAGCGAUCGCGCAGAAUCGAGACAGAUCGUUAAUGUAGCGACACUUUGUAUGUUACACGAUCGCAGAAUAUCUCUAUUGUAUUUAAUCGAGCAUUGAUGUACGCCCCACGUUCGUUAAUUUAAUAUUUAAUCGAUAGAAAGAGAGAGAGAGAAAGAGAGAGAAAGAGGAAGGGGAGAGGACCGGGCGCUCCGUUUGUUACGCCUCCGCGUGGAGUGACGGCGCAGCAGCUGCGCGUUUGUAACUUUGUAUACUUUCUACGUUAUUAAUAAAACUGCAAAAUCACAGAGAACCACGGUAGACCAAUUGCGCGCGCCGAGACGUGAAAAUGCGUGCUUGGACUAUGCGAUUGUCCGCGAGGAGGUAGUUGUAUUGUUCAUUACCGCCGCAUCUAUACUACGCGACUAUAAUAUAAUCUAGAGGAUAGAAAAUAUAAUACUCUGUACGAUUUCA